AUGUCAAAUAAACAAAAUGAUGAACUCCCCACUUAUCAAGAAUCAGUAUCUAAUUAUAUCCCACCUCCAAAUUAUACUCAUGCUGUUCAAUCAAAUCAAUUAAAUACAAGAACUACAACACAACGUUCAUCUUCUAAUACUAAUACUAGUGAUGAUGAUACAUACUACAAUAUGUUAUCUGGAGAUGUAUUAAAUGAUGCUUUAUUAAGUUUAGAGGAAACAUCGACAACUGCUAUUAAUCAAUUAAAUAAUGUCUUGAAUGGAUUGGAUUUAUCUUCAAAUACUGAUUCAAAUAGAUGA